AUGGAUGUGUUCAGCUCAGCGCUAAAAAACCCCUUGCCGCCAGCACGAAAAAGAUCGGACCAGCAAAAAUCCGAGCUGGCCGAAACGCUGAACUCGCUGUCGGAGCCCAGCCCCUAUGAACCAACGUCUAGGACGGUAUCCACAUACGCGCCGAAUGGCCAAACAGCAUCACAAUAUGGGGACCAGUCGCAGGCUCGAGAUAGUAAAAAGAAGAACCUGCGGCGGAGGCACAGAAACUCCCAUUUGGGCUGUGGAAUCUGCAAAAAGAGGCGGAUCAAAUGUGACGAGCACCUUCCACAAUGCUUCAACUGUCUCAAAGGCAGACUACAUUGCGCAUACUUGAAUCUUGAUGCGCCGGCUCAAACUGCCCUCAGAUUGGCGCAGCAGAAUCAGAGUCUUCGGGACGAGCGUGAAGAAGAAUUGUCUCCCAAACAAGAAGAAAAGCCCCGGCCCUAUAAAGAUGCACCGGUCGGCCCACGUCUCCAUCCUCCGCUGUACCCGUCAGUGAUUAGCCCACCCACAGAUCCCGUACCUGCGUACGCUAAUAACCCACCAACUGCAAGUUCCAGUGGGGCCUCGGCUGCAAACAACCCUGUACCACCGAAGUCAAUGGGUCCGCCUGUGCCCAUGCAAGCGCCUCUGUCGAUGAUGCACUCCAUGUACGUGCCGGUGUAUCAGCUCCAACAGAUGAGUUCUGCUAUGCCAUAUCCACAGCCCCCGAUGCAGGUAAUGCCAGGGCAACAGGCGCAGACAAUCAUGUACCUGCCAGAGCAAAUGCCCAUUCAAUACGCCUCUCAACAUAUCUCUGGAACAACCGCUCCAGGAAUGAGCGCCCCGUCAUACGCGUGCUACCCAGCACCAGCUCACAGUUUCAAUCACCAGUAUGAAGGGCAUCCUUCAAGCGGUUACAUGAUGCCCAUGCAAGGGCAAUAUGGUCUAUCCGCUCCGCGACCUGAGAGUGGUGCUUAUUACGCAUAUUCUGCACAAACCCCAGAGGUUAUGGUCUCUGCACCUAAAAGUGGCAUUCUGGCGAUCUCGGUGCCUUCUCAGCUGGUCCUUGUGACUCACGACUCCCCCUCGUCAAGCGUCACAUCAGUUACAGGUGACAAGGCUGAUGCACUGAGUGCAACUUCUUUGACGCGUGUUGUGGGCCACCCUGCUGAGAGUUCGAUUCCGCUUGCCUCCCUGCUCCCCGCCUCUCUGGGUCCCAGUCCGCUGUUGCCAUCGAUGAUAGGCGUGCCUGAAAUUUCGAAGAAUGCGUCUAUAAAAUUAGCACCCAUCGGAGGCAAGCAUGAUGCAAGCAGGCAUGACCCAAGCAAGCAUGAUCCAAGCGAAACAGAGAGCGUGACCAAAGAAACAGAAAAGAUUUCUUCUAUAAAAAUGCUCCUUUCAUAG